AUGGAUCAAGGUUCAGUAUAUAGCUUGAGUCUCUUUCCCGAAAGCCGCAACGAAGAUGGCGAGAACAGCAACCAACAAAUCACGAAAGCUCUCGUCGAUUUCAUCCUACAAUUUCACCUCGACGAUGUCUUCAUCUAUCGCGAUCAAAUUCGGGAGAAUGUUCUGUCGAAACAAUACUAUUGCGACGUGGAUGUCACACAUCUGAUUGCAUACAGCGAAGAGCUCGCGGAUAGGUUGAACAAUGAACCGGCAGAAAUCAUUCCCAUAUUUGAGAAUGCGCUGAGGAUAUGUACGCAACGCAUUCUGUAUCCUUCACGUAGCGCAACAGAUCUCGCUGCAGCAAAGGCGCUUCCCAAUCACCAGCUACUGUUGCACUCUUCAGUCUCCCAGACUAGCAUUCGAGGUCUCACUGCCACAAACGUGUCACAUCUAGUCCGCAUCCCCGGAAUUGUCAUCGGCGCGAGCACUCUCAGCUCGAAAGCUACGGCACUUCAUGUUCAAUGCCGACAAUGCGCAUUCGAGCACAGCCUACCGAUCACAUCUGGCUUUACAGGAAUUUCUCUGCCACGAACGUGCGCACGUCCCAGAAACCCAGGUCCUGGCGAAAACGAACGAUGUCCACUCGAUCCCUAUUUCGUCGUGCACGAGAAGUCGCAAUUCAUCGAUCAGCAGGUUUUGAAGCUACAAGAAGCGCCCGAUGAUGUGCCUGUGGGAGAACUGCCGCGACACAUCUUGGUGAGCGCCGACAGGUAUCUCGCCAAUCGCGUCGUGCCUGGCACCAGAUGUGUGGUGAUGGGAGUGUUCAGCAUCUACGCAAGUCAAAAGAAUAGCAAGGGAAGUGGGGCGGUAGCCAUUCGAAAUCCAUACUUGCGUGCAGUGGGUUUGCAGACGGAUUUGUCCAACAAUCAAGCUAGCGGCUUGGGCAUGCAAUUCGGCGAGCAAGAAGAGCAGGAAUUCUUGGAGCUGUCAAGACGGCCAGACCUCUACUCACUAUUCGCCAACUGCAUUGCGCCCUCGAUUUACGGCAACGCGGACAUCAAGAAGGCCAUCACAUGUUUACUGAUGGGUGGUAGUAAGAAGAUUCUCCCUGAUGGGAUGAAAUUACGAGGAGACAUCAACGUUCUUUUGCUUGGUGACCCUGGUACAGCAAAAUCGCAACUGCUGAAGUUCGUCGAGAAAUGUUCUCCUAUUGCAAUCUACACAUCCGGCAAGGGUUCUUCUGCCGCUGGUCUUACUGCUAGCGUCCAACGGGAUACUAGCACUCGCGAAUUCUACCUCGAGGGUGGCGCGAUGGUCCUCGCUGAUGGCGGUGUUGUCUGCAUUGAUGAGUUUGACAAGAUGAGGGACGAGGACCGAGUAGCCAUUCACGAAGCUAUGGAGCAGCAGACAAUAUCGAUCGCCAAAGCUGGUAUCACAACGAUCCUCAACGCCCGCACGUCAGUGCUUGCCGCUGCAAACCCAAUCUUCGGCAGAUAUGAUGAUCUCAAGACCCCUGGAGAAAACAUUGAUUUCCAGACCACGAUCCUGUCCCGUUUCGAUCUAAUCUUUAUCGUGCGGGACGAUCACGACCGAAAUCGCGAUGAGACCAUAGCAAAGCACGUCAUGGGUAUCCAUAUGGGCGGACAAGGUGUUCAAGAACAAGUGAAAGCGGAAAUACCAGUGGAGAAAAUGAAACGCUACAUCAGUUACGCAAAAUCUCGCUGCGCGCCCCGGCUCAGCGCUGAGGCGGCGGAAAAGCUGAGCUCGCAUUUCGUCAGCAUUCGACGACAGGUCGCUCGGGCAGAGCAGGAUGCCAACCAGCGCUCAUCAAUCCCUAUCACCGUUCGUCAACUUGAAUCGCUUGUGCGCAUCACCGAGGCGCUGGCAAAGAUUGAGCUGCAACCGAUCGCUACAGAGAAGCAUGUUGAUGAAGCGAUCAGACUUUUCCUAGGAAGCACAAUGGACGCCGUGAUGAGUGCUGGUGGCGACACUGCAGCUCUUGGGCUCGGUGGAAACCGUGAGCUCGUCGAAGAAGUACACAAGGUGGAGGAAGAAUUAAGGAGACGAUUACCGAUUGGCUACACUGCAUCGCUAGCAAGUCUGCGUAGCGAGUUCGUUGAUCGCAAGCGAUACAGCGAGCAAGCUCUGAACCGUGCGCUGCAAGUUCUCGUACGACGAGACAGCGUUCAGUUUCGACGAGGAGGAACAGUUGUGCACCGGAGCAAUUACUGA